AGCUGCAAUGAAGAUGGCCAACAUUGAUGCUGUUUUCGACUAUAUGUUUACGAAUCCAAAGGAUGAACAUGGGAUGUCUUUGGUCAAACCAAGCGAGCUGGUUUACUUUGCAGACAUUUGUGCUGGUCCAGGAGGCUUCUCUGAGUACAUACUUUGGAGGCUCAAGUCGAAUGCCAAAGGUUUUGGGUUCACACUCAGAGGAAACAAUGACUUCAAGCUAGACGAGUUCUAUGCGGCACCAUGUGAAUUUUUCGAGCCACACUAUGGUGUUGGUGGACUGGAGGGCGAUGGUGACGUCACAAAACUCGAAAACCUGGAAGCCUUCCGAGACUUUGUGAUGCAGUCUACGCAGGGGGCAGGAUUACAUUUUGUAAUGGCAGACGGGGGUUUUUCAGUGGAAGGUCAAGAAAACCUACAAGAGGUUUUGUCGAAGCAACUCUAUCUCUGCCAGUUCUGCUGUGCAUUAUCUGUUUUAAGAAUAGGUGGAAACUUUGUGUGCAAGUUAUUUGACAUAUUCACUCCAUUCAGCGUGGGAUUGGUCUACCUCCUCUACAGGUCAUUUCGCCGCGUGUGCAUACAUAAGCCCAUCACAAGUCGACCUGCUAACUCAGAACGGUACAUCGUCUGUGAAGGCAUGAGAGAGGGAGCUGAAUUGAUUCAUGACUACUUGUAUGAGGUUAGGUGAAAACCAGGCCCUACAUCUUAACAAGAUCAAAGCCUUUGCACAAAACGUCUCUCUACAUGAAGUCAGACAAAGUGAGGUUAGGCGACAGUGUUUCGAAGCAUGGGAUAUUCCCGACCAGGUGAGAGCAGCUCCAUCCAAGCCUGAGCCUGGUGCAAAGUUUGAAGUGCUGAUGAAGCAUGAAAAUCAGAAGCAACUCAAGCUGGAUCGUGUUCAGCUGGAUGCAGCAGUCCUUGCCUCAAUUGACAGCAUCUACAACUACAAGUGCAUCGUGUCUGGUGGGGAAUGCACAUUUCUUAUGGGAUUUGGUCGAUCACAUGUGUACAGGAGGUUACCUAAUGGGAAAUGGAUGAAGCUGGACAUAAACGUUGAACUUCCAAGAGAAACACUAGUGCUUGCUGAACUAGUGAACGAGCUCCGAGGCGAGGACGAUGGUCCUCGCCCUGCUCGUAGUUGCCUCGGCGAUCCUAUCAGCCUCGCAAGCUACUGAGGUCCGAAGACCCACGAUGGGAGUGGUUUUUAUCCCGAGAGGACACAUCUCAGUCACACAAAGCACCUGGGGCAUAGGAUUCACUCUCAACUUCACCUCGAUCAACACUUAUCUACGUUCCUUGCACAAGG